AGAUCGGGAAGGACUAAGGUUGGAAGCUGAGCUCUCCAAGAGGCUUGGAUGGCCUGGAUUGGAAGGAACUUCAAACGGAAGGCUGCCCCGGCGUUCAGACCCCCCAAAUAAUAAUAACUUAUCCAAGGCCUCCUGCCUCAUUCAUCCCAUAUGGGCCUCGGCGGUCUUUUCCGCCUGGUAAUAUUACACCACCUGACUCUUCUUCUCCCACCGCUUCCAGAGUCCGGACCGACCGUGAGCUAUCCAUUCCUAGUAUCCUUCCUGUACGGAGUAUGUGUAUGUUAUCUCUCCAGUCGGACUCCGCGGAUGAUUGCGAGCCGACGACGUCAUCCGCUCAUAGCUUUCUCCGCCCCAACUUUCUCCCCCCUCGGCGGUUCAGUUGGGGUCGAUUGGAUCACAAUUCCCCGUCAACUACACGGUACGACGAGGUUCCAACCACGGGGACUCCGCAUCCCCCCUGAUCCAGAGCUUAUUUGCUCAUUGAUCCUACCGAAUCGAGCUUCUCCAAUCCUCCGACCGUUCGACCUGCCCGGUUCAUGACGCCCGCCCGGUGGCUGUCUAUGUGGCAUUUGCGACCACCUC